UAGGGCUCCGGCCGAGGAGGUAACGGGCACCCACGCGUGGCGGCUGCCGCCCGCCUCUGCCUGCGGAGCGCCCCGCGCAGAGACUCACACAUGCCUGAGACCAGAGUGGGAGCGGCGCUGAGCCCGGCCGCCUGGGUUCCCCGCGCUGCCUGGCUGGGGCCCUAGCAGCGCCCCGGCCGCUGGAGCCGGGUGCGGCGGCUCCCGGUGCCCGAGUGUAUGAGAGGGAGCGCGGAGCGGGGGCCGCGGCCCGAGCCACUCGCCUCCUCUCCCGGACGGCGGCAGCAGAGAGACCGGCCCGGGGGGAAGCGAGGGGGCAGCGAGGAGGCGGCGGCUCCAUGUGAAGAGACCCGAACACGCACGUGAACCGCCGAGCAGCCCCCCGGAGCCGGGAGGCAGCAAGAGAGAGACUCGGGGACCCGGCAGCCGAGGGGGCUGACCUGUCUCUCACUAAAGUUUCCCGGACACGCUGUGCCUCUCGGGACCUGGCGUCCAACUUACUGUGAAGUCCUAGAGUCCCCGCAGGGAAGCGGAUCCCCCUGUCCCCAGCACAAGGGUGAGCUUUAGCCGCCCCCUGUAUCACCGAUAGCGUAUCUGCUGCAGCCAGACAACCAAAGGAGGGAAACUUAACCCGCCGCUGUUGCUGUUCCUAAGGCAUAAUAUUAGACUACCAGAGAGACUGUGAGAAGAUCUAAAGAAAUCUGUUCCUGCUAACUUUGGGUAACAGAAGGACGUUUCGGAAAGAAUGAAUUCAAGUGGUCUAGAUCACUUAAGCAUCUGCCUGACAGACGUAGACUCAGAGGAAAAAAACGUAAGAAUGUGAAAGCAUUUGCAUCAUCAGAUAGUCUAGCCAAGGUCCAAGAAGUAGCAAGCUGGCUUUUGGAAAUGAAUCAGGAACUGCUGUCUGUGGGCAGCAAGAGGCGACGAACUGGAGCGUCUCUUCGAGGUAAUGCUUCCUCAAGCCAAGUAGAUGAGGAGCAGAUGAAUCGAGUUGUGGAGGAGGAGCAGCAGCAGCAGUUACGACAACAAGAGGAGGAGCACAUUGCAAGGAAUGGGGAAAUAGGUGUAGCAGAGUCUGGACUUGAUGACAGAAUUGAAUCCCAGCAAGAACAGUUAGAAGAAAACAACAAUAGGCUUAUUGCAGUGGAUGAAGAAUCCACUGGUAACCAUGAGGAGGAGGAAGAGGAAGAACAUGGUGGUGAACAAGAGGAGGAGGUGGAAGAAGAGGAGGAAAUGGACCAGGAGAGUGAUGAUUUUGAUCAGUCUGAUGACAGCAGCAGAGAAGAUGAACACACUAACAGUAAUAGUGUCACAAAUUCAAAUAGUAUCAUGGAUUUGCCCAUACACCAGUCAUCUCAAUUCUACAUAAAGUCAAAGAUGAAGAGAAAGUUGGACCAUGGCUCCGAGGUCCGUUCUUUCUCUCUGGGAAAGAAACCCUGCAAAGUCUCAGAAUACACGAGCACUACUGGGCUUGUGCCAUGUUCAGCAACACCUACUACUUUUGGGGACCUGAGAGCAGCCAAUGGCCAAGGACAACAGCGGCGCCGGAUUACAUCUGUCCAGCCACCUACAGGACUUCAAGAAUGGCUGAAAAUGUUUCAGAGCUGGAGUGGACCAGAGAAGUUACUUGCUUUAGAUGAACUCAUUGAUAGUUGUGAACCAACACAAGUGAAACAUAUGAUGCAAGUGAUAGAGCCCCAGUUUCAACGAGAUUUUAUUUCCUUGCUCCCAAAAGAGUUGGCACUAUAUGUGCUUUCAUUCCUGGAACCCAAGGACCUUCUACAGGCAGCACAGACAUGCCGUUAUUGGAGAAUUCUGGCUGAGGAUAACCUUUUGUGGAGAGAGAAAUGCAAGGAGGAGGGGAUUGACGAACCAUUGCAUAUCAAGAGAAGGAAAGUAAUAAAACCAGGCUUCAUACGUAGCCCAUGGAAAAGUGCUUAUAUCAGACAGCACAGAAUUGAUACUAACUGGCGGCGAGGAGAACUUAAAUCUCCUAAGGUGCUCAAAGGACAUGAUGAUCAUGUAAUCACAUGUCUACAAUUCUGUGGUAACCGAAUAGUCAGUGGUUCUGAUGACAACACAUUGAAAGUUUGGUCAGCAGUUACAGGCAAGUGUUUAAGAACACUAGUUGGACACACAGGUGGAGUCUGGUCAUCACAAAUGAGGGACAAUAUCAUUAUUAGUGGAUCUACAGACCGAACACUUAAAGUAUGGAACGCAGAGACUGGAGAAUGUAUUCAUACUUUAUAUGGACACACUUCUACUGUGCGUUGUAUGCAUCUCCAUGAAAAAAGAGUUGUCAGUGGGUCUCGAGAUGCCACGCUGAGAGUUUGGGACAUAGAGACAGGCCAAUGUUUACAUGUUCUGAUGGGACAUGUAGCUGCAGUCCGGUGUGUUCAGUAUGAUGGCAGGAGGGUUGUUAGUGGAGCAUAUGAUUUUAUGGUCAAAGUAUGGGAUCCAGAGACUGAAACCUGUCUACACACACUGCAAGGGCAUACUAAUAGAGUCUAUUCAUUACAGUUUGAUGGCAUCCAUGUAGUGAGUGGAUCUCUCGACACUUCAAUCCGAGUUUGGGAUGUGGAGACGGGAAACUGCAUUCACACAUUAACGGGCCACCAGUCAUUAACAAGUGGAAUGGAACUGAAAGACAAUAUUCUUGUGUCUGGGAAUGCAGAUUCAACAGUCAAAAUCUGGGAUAUCAAAACAGGACAGUGUUUACAGACAUUGCAAGGUCCUAACAAGCAUCAGAGCGCUGUGACCUGUUUACAGUUCAACAAGAACUUUGUAAUUACCAGCUCAGAUGAUGGGACUGUAAAACUUUGGGACUUGAAAACGGGUGAAUUUAUCCGAAAUCUAGUCACAUUGGAGAGUGGGGGAAGUGGAGGCGUUGUGUGGCGGAUCAGAGCCUCCAACACAAAGCUAGUGUGUGCGGUUGGAAGCCGAAAUGGAACUGAGGAAACAAAGCUGCUGGUGUUGGACUUUGAUGUGGAUAUGAAGUGAAGGGCAAAAAAAUGAAUUUGUCCAAAUGUGUAGACGAUGUUUCCCUUCCCUCCCCCUGCAAAAAAAAAAAAAAAAAAAAAUCAUCCCUUGUCCUUGGUGGUGCAGGAUGUUGGCUUGGGGCAACAGAUCCUAAAGACCUACAGACUAUGAAGGAGGAGACUGCGAGAUGACAAACUGUAACUGACAAGAGAGGCAUUUGCUGUCUCAUCACAUAAAAAGCUUCACUUUUGACUGGGGCAGCUUUGCAAAUAUAAGACUUUCUAAAUCAAACCAGGUGCAAUUAUUUCUUUAUUUUCCUCUAAGUGCUCAUUGAGCAGAGUGGAGGUUAAAAAGUUGUUACAAUUCUUGCUAACCUGUUAUUUUACCACAGAGAUCUAGAAAGUUGCUGCAUAACAUCCGUUACUGGAUGACUUUCAAAGUUGCGAGCAUCCGUGGCAACGACAAAAUCAAAUACUGGUGUGGAAAAGCUAAAAUCUUACUGUGAAUUGUUUUUGUACAGUUUUAUCAGAGCUUUUUUUUUUUUUUUGCCAGCCAUUGCCAAUGUCAAUCACAGUAUUAGCCUCUGUUACUCUAUUUACUGUUGCUUUCAUCUACACUCUACAAUGCAUAUGUUGCUCUGAGGUGGCAAGUUGUCCUGGGUUCUGAGAGUUCUUGAAUGGAUUUAACUCUCAAUGCUGGUGCUAGAAGUAGGUCUUCAAGUAUGGGAUUGUUGUCCCACCCCUGUACUGUAUUCCCAGUGGCCAAACUUAUUUAUGCUGCUAAAUGAAAGAAAGUAAAGCAAAUUAUUUCUUGUUUUUUAAUUUUUUUUCUGCUGUGACGUUUUAGUCCCAGACUGAAUUCCAAAUUUGCUCUAGUUGGUUACAGAAAAAGACUUUUUGCCACUGAAACUUGAGCCAACUGUGCCUCUAAGAGGCUGAGAGUUAAAAAGUUUCAGACAAUUAAGAGUGAAGUUUGCCUGCAAGUAAAGAAUUGAGUGUGUGUGCAAAGCUUAUUUUCUUUUUUCUGGGCAAAAAUUAAAACACAUUCCUUAGAACAAAGCUAUUGCAGCCUGUUCUGUGGGGAAACUUUUUUCUUUGUGAGGGCUGUGGUGAAUGGAAUGAACAUGCAUAAUAAAACUGACAAAUUUUAAAAAUAUAAAUACAAAAAUAAAAUUGCUGGUCAGUCUUAGUGUUUUACAGUAUUGAGAAAAACAACUGUUACAGUUAUUGCUGCAAGGAACUGACACAGUGCAAAAACUAUUACGUUUUUGUAAUAAAGAUGUACAUGCAAACAAAAAAGAAAAAGUCAAAUGGUUUGCCUCAUUCUCCAAGAGCCACAACUCAAGCUGAACUGUGAAAGUGGUUUAACACUGUAUCCUAGGCGAUCUUGUUUUUCCUCCCUUUUUUGUUUUGUUUUAUUUAUAGUCUGAUUGAAAACAAUCAGAUUCCAGUUGGUUAAUUUUAGUUAUGUAACAACCUGACAUGAUGGAGGAAAACAACCUUUAAAGGGAUUGUGUCUAUGGUUUGAUUCACUUAGAAAUUUUAUUUUCUUAUAACUUAAGUGCAAUAAAAUGUGUUUUUCAUGUUA